AUGAUUGAGGCGAAUGAAAAGGAGGGAACCACAUCGUACGAGGAAAAGCAGAAAGCGUCCCAUUGUGUCAAGCAGAACAAAUCUCGCUUUGGGCUGAACUCAGCAUUGAGGCACGUGUUGAUGUCCAUGAGGUUCAUUAACCCAGCGGGCAAAGGAAGCAAAUACCAUGCAGUCCAGUCAGUCACACCUGAUGUUCAUCAAGUAAAACACCAUCUUGGUUACGGGUAUUACGUGAAUGCGAUGAAGUGUUUCGCGACAAUUGAAGGUCUAGUCCAGUACCUAUAUGGAAAGCACCGCAUCUGUCAGUGGAUGUUAGGUGGAAGCCCCGCCACCCCCAUCGUAGCUGCCCCCAAGGUCCCUAGCGGCAGGGAGCUCACAGAGCUAAACCAAACUUCACGUCAGGUCGCGACUCCCCUUGCAUACGCGACCCGCAACCUCAUCAGAAGCAUGCGCAACUGUACUUCACAACACGCCCAACAGCCACCAUCGAUUGUCCGGUGUCAAAUGCAUCCAUAG